AUGGAUCACAUCAAGGCGACCUUUGCCAAGUGCAAGGAAGAGAAGCGUGCUGCGCUCGUUUCAUACAUCACUGCUGGUUAUCCUACCAUAGAGGAGACGGUGGACAUCCUGCUUGGAUUGGAGAGCGGUGGUGCUGAUAUCAUUGAACUGGGCGUUCCCUUCACUGAUCCUAUUGCCGAUGGACCGACUAUUCAGACAGCCAACACCAAGGCCCUGCAAAAUGGUGUGACUGUCACCACGGUUCUCGAUAUCGUUCGCACGGUGCGCAGCAAGGGCCUGCAGACCCCCUUGCUUCUCAUGGGAUACUACAACCCGAUGAUGCGGUAUGGUGAGGAGCGUAUGCUCAAGGAUUGCAAAGAGGCUGGUGUCAAUGGCUUUAUUAUGGUUGAUCUUCCUCCUGAGGAGGCCGUGCGGUUCAGGAAUAUCUGUACCAGUUAUGGUCUGUCCUACGUCCCGCUCAUCGCCCCCUCGACCUCCGAGUCUCGAAUGAAGUUGUUGUGUAACAUUGCCGACUCAUUCAUCUACGUGGUGUCGCGUAUGGGUGUCACUGGCGCCACUGGUCAGCUCAGCUCCAAUCUCGACGAACUUUUGGCUCGCGUUCACAAUUGGUCCGGCAAUGUGCCUGCUGCAUUGGGAUUCGGUGUCAGCACUCGGGAGCACUUUCUGGCCGUGCAGGACCUCACGGAAGGUGUCGUUAUUGGCAGUCAGAUUAUCUCCAUCUUGGGCCAGGCCCCUGCAGGCCAAGCCGCUAAGAAUGCACAAGAGUACCUCUCCAGCAUCACUGGCCGUAAGUUGGAGCGCGAUGCCUCGGGCGCCGUGGUGAACGUGGUCAAUGUGCUCGAGAAGGUGGAAAAGAAGCCUCAGGCUAUCUCGCAGCCGUCGGAAGUCGUCACUGACGCUGAUACUCCUGCCGGUCCUGGUUUGGCUGAUCAGUUGGCCGCCCUCAAUGGCACUGGCAACCCUGCUGAGCAGCCUUCGCGCUUUGGUGAGUUUGGUGGCCAGUACGUGCCUGAGUCUCUGAUGGACUGUAUGGCCGAAUUGGAGCAGGGUUUCAGCGAUGCCCUGAACGACCCAUCGUUCUGGGAGGAAUACCGCUCCUACUACCCUUACAUGGGCCGGCCCAGCAGCCUCCAUAUCGCCCCUCGUCUUACGGAGGCUUGCGAUGGUGCUACCAUCUGGCUCAAGCGCGAGGACCUUAACCACACUGGUAGCCACAAGAUCAACAAUGCAUUGGGUCAGAUACUCCUUGCCCGCAGACUAGGUAAGACCAGAAUUAUUGCUGAAACCGGUGCUGGUCAGCACGGUGUUGCUACUGCGACUGUCUGCGCCAAGUUUGGAAUGGCAUGCACCGUCUACAUGGGUGCUGAAGAUGUCCGCCGCCAGGCUCUGAACGUGUUCCGAAUGAAGCUCUUGGGUGCCUCUGUCGUUGCUGUUGAAGCUGGUAGCCGUACCCUACGUGAUGCGGUCAAUGAGGCGCUCCGUGCGUGGGUUGUCGACUUGGACACCACUCACUACAUCAUUGGUUCUGCUAUCGGGCCUCACCCGUUCCCGACCAUUGUUCGUACCUUCCAGUCGGUUAUUGGUGACGAGACCAAGCAGCAAUUGCAGCAGCAGAUUGGCAAGCUGCCCGACGCCGUUGUUGCCUGUGUUGGUGGUGGUAGUAACGCUGUUGGUAUGUUCUACCCGUUCUCUAAGGACCCUAGCGUCAAGCUGCUGGGAGUUGAGGCCGGUGGAGACGGCGUCGAGACUGCUAGACACUCUGCAACCCUUUCCGGUGGUAGCAAGGGUGUUCUGCACGGUGUCCGCACCUACGUCCUGCAGGACGAGCACGGCCAGAUUUCCGAGACUCACUCCAUCUCCGCUGGUCUGGACUACCCUGGUGUCGGUCCAGAACUGAGCUCCUGGAAGGACAGUGAGCGUGCCAAGUUCAUUGCCGCCACCGAUGCCGAGGCCAUGAGUGGUUUCCGUGCUCUUGCUGUGCACGAGGGUAUCAUCCCGGCUCUUGAGUCGUCGCACGCUGUAUUUGGCGCCAUGGAACUCGCAAAGACCAUGAAGAAGGGCGAGAACAUCGUUCUCAACCUGAGUGGUAGAGGUGACAAAGACGUGCAGAGCGUUGCCGAUGAACUCCCCAGAUUGGGACCGAAGAUCGGCUGGGAUCUGCGGUUCUAG